AUGAAUUCUCAGCACAAAGCACAGCAGGCCCAGCCAAUGCGACCUGAUCCACCACAGGUGAGUUUGAAAAUUUCCCGCUCGACCUAUCCCACGGCCAAAUGCCUACGAAAGCCGACGGCUAACAACCAGAAGGCCACAGAGCACGACUUCGUGGUGGUACUAGUAGAUGGAGAUGGAGCCGUCUUCCGUGAUGAGCUCUUGAAAAGACCCGAGCAAGGCGCAGUAGAGGCCGCCGGAAAACUUAGGCAAUCAGUACUGGCAUCGCUCGAAACUCCUCUCGCCAAAAACAAUAUCAUAGUCAAGGUGUUUGCCAAUCUCAACGGCCUUGCAAAAGCAUUGCAGGAUAGAGGGAUCAUCACAUCCAAAAAUGACUUGUUUAGAUUUGCCCAGAGCUUCACGAACAGCGAGACUGGUUUUGAAUUUAUCGAUGUGGGUUAUGGAAAGGAAUGUGCAGACCACAAAAUGAGAACUCAAUGCAAGAAGAUCUUUUUUGCUGGUUGCCAUGAUAAUGGCUAUAUUAAUGAUCUUGGUGCAUAUACUAUUGCGCCUGGUGCUUCAGAACGAAUCAUCCUAGUGGAAACCACACCGGUUGAGCCUCAUUUCAGGACUACUCAGUUACCCAUUCUCAAAUUUGGUCAAGUUUUUAGAUCAGUGUCUCUCAAUGAUGUACCCAUUCCCGGUGAGCAACGUCAGGCUCGUGUACAUUAA